GCGAUUGAAAGAAAACAGCCACUCAAAUAACCUGAGGAUGACUCGGGGAUAUUAGCUUCAUGGAAUUGCCUCAGAGGUGAAGAGGGGGCCAUUAAGAAGGAAGUGAGGUCAGGGUCAACAGCCUUUGCUGUGUCACAGUGAGAGAGGAUAAAACACUUUGUUCUUUGAACUCAUCUAGAUACAACCACUUUGCCUUCAGUUGGUGAGGGUCAUUCAGCCACCAUGGCCUUUCAGGACCUCCUGGAUCAAGUUGGUGGUCUGGGGAGGUUCCAGAUAAUUCAGAUGGCUUUUCUUCUUAUCUACAAUGCCAUGGCACAGACUCAUACUUUAUUGGAGAAUUUCACUGCAGUCAUCGUUGGUCAUCGCUGCUGGGUCCACAUACUCGAUAAUGCCACUGUCUCUGACAAUGACACUGGGACCCUCAGCCAAGAAGCCCUCCUGAGGAUCUCCAUCCCACUAGACUCAAACCUGAGACCAGACAAAUGUCAUCGCUUCAUCCACCCACAAUGGCAGCUCCUUCAUAUGAAUGGAACCUUCUCAAACAUGAGUGAGGUGGACACGGAGCCCUGCAUGGAUGGCUGGGUAUAUGACCAGAGCUCGUUCCUCUCUACCAUCGUGACUGAGUGGGAUCUGGUAUGUGAAACUCAGUCAUUGAAUUCAGUAUCUAAAUUCUUCUUCAUGGCUGGAAUGUUGAUUGGAAACAUUGUAUAUGGCACUUUGUCAGACAGGUUUGGGAGGAGGUUACUUCUGACAUGGUGUCUUCUCCAGCUGGCCAUUGCUGACACCUGUGCUGCCUUUGUUCCCACUUUCCUGGUUUACUGCUCACUACGUCUCCUGGCUGGCAUGUCCACCACGACCAUCCUGACAAAUUCUAUUCUUCUCAUUGUAGAAUGGACAAGUCCCAAAUAUCAGGCUAUGGGAACAACAAUGGCAGUCUGUUCUGCUAGUUUUGGGCAGAUCAUAUUGGGAAGCCUGGCUUUUGCUUUUCGAAACUGGCAUACUCUCCAGCUGGUUCUGUCUAUACCGAUGUUCUUCUUAUUUAUUUCCUCAAGGUGGAUGUCAGAAUCAGCUCGGUGGCUGAUUACCAACAACAAACCCGAGGAGAGCUUACAGGAACUUAAAAAAGCUGCAAGGGUGAAUGGAACGAAGACUUGUGCAGAUGCCUUAACCAUGGAGGCUGUGAGAUCCACCAUAAAGGAGGAAUUGAAGGCAGCACAGACAAAACCUUCUCUGUGCAACUUGUUCCACACACCCAACCUGUGUAAACGGAUCUGUCUCCUGUCCUUGGUGAGAUUUUUAGUAUGGCUACCCACUUUUGGCUUGAUUAUCCACCUCCAGCACCUGGCAAGCAAUGUUUUCCUGAUCCAAAUUCUCCUUGGUGUAGUCACACUCCCAGCCAAUUAUCUUUCACUUUGGGCCCUGAAUCACAAGGGCCGUCGAAUAAGCCUGUGUUUUUUCAUGACCACGUUGGGAAUCACCUUUCUGGUCAACACAUUUGUGCCUGAAGAAAUGCAGACCGUGCAUAUGAUUCUGACAACUUUGGGAGGAGGAAUUUCUUUUGCCUCUGUUACCUGUUCUCUUACCCAUACAAAUGAACUGCUCCCCACCGUCAUCAGGGCAACAGCUUUAGGAAUCAUUGGAGUUUGUGGUAGUUUGGGGUCAGCCCUGGCACCCCUGUUGAUGAUCCUGGAGACAUAUGCUGAACCCUUGCCCUGGAUCAUCUAUGGAGCCUCCUGCAUCUUUGCUGGCCUUGUUGUCUUCCUCCUUCCAGAAACCAGGAAUCAGCCUCUGCCUGACUCCCUCCAAGAUAUAGAAAAUGGGGGGAAAGACUCAAGAAAAACAGAGCAGGAAGAUACCUCCAUCAAAGUGACACACUUCUAAGGAAUUCCAGGAAUUGACAACUGAUCAAAGAGCAAGAUAAAAGAAGAAAUAUCAAGAUCACUCCUAGAUACUAGCAAAACAUAUUUAAAUAAAUAGAUGCAAUAGUAAUAAUGAAUCCCAUUUACAAUUGUGAUGCUAAAUUUUGUAUACAAGAUGCUUUAUGAAUCACAAGAAGUUCAAAGCAACUACAAUACUUUGAAAUACAUGAGAAACUAUUUACAUGGUUGCAGAUACCUAAAAGGUUUUGGAUAGGGAGAUGGAAUUAGCUUAAAAACAUUUUUCCUUAUGAAUUUAUAGGAAGAGUAUUUUAUUGGAUAAUUAUAAUGAAGAACUCCACUUUCUGGAAACAACUUGAAACAAUAGUUACAAACAUCUAAAAAUUAUUCCUAGUAUGUGAGUCAGUUUUUUGUCUUUGCAACAAAAUACUGGAGGUAAGUGACUUAAAUGAAGGAUAGAUUUACAUUGGCAAACAGUUUCAGGAUUCUCUUUCCAUGGUUGCUUGGCCCUGUUGCCUUGGGUCUAUGGAAAGUGAAAGUAUUAUAUUGAGGAGUCCAUGGUGGAACAAACCUGCUUACCUUAUUGAAGACAAGAAACAGAGGAAGUCACCAGGAUCCGGAAUAUCUCUUUCAAGAUCACACUCCCAGUGACAUAAAUCACUCCAACUAGGUACAACCUCCUGAAGUUUCUACCACCUGUCAAUCAUACCACCUGUGGGGAGUCAUCCAUGAACUGUGCUUGGUGAAUUCAAAUGACUUGAAAGCCAUUAAGCAGAAAAGUCUGUUAGGAAUUUGCAGCAGCAACCCUGCUGGUUUGAGAAUGCCCAGUUCAUGUGACUUUCUACCUAGCUCUGUCAGAGGCUCACCAUAGCACUGGAGAUGGGCAUGACCCCUGAAGAACUGAACAGACUGCCUCCUCCCACACCUAUCCGUUUUUUUUUUUUUUUUUUUUGCAAAAAAAGCUCCUAUUGAUCCCUUUUGAUCUGUAUCACUAUAAAUAAAGCAAGUGGGGGUGGGGGAGAGUUGGGGGGUUCCUUUCUCUUGUUAGACGCUGUACCCUCUGGUCAGCUUAGCCCAUCACUGCCCACUCUCUGAAAACUUAUUUCUGAUCUCUCAUGUUUACUUCCUUGUACUAUUUUCUUUGCUUUAUUUCACACGAGUCCAUCCCAUUUCCUUCACCCACAAGGUAUGUGAGCAAGAACUUGCCUAGAACAGGGACUGUUCACAAGGAUUCCAAAAUGAGAAAGAGUACAGGUGGGUGCUUAGUCCUCUCUCACAGGAAAUUUUCAUGAUUAGCUUAUUAAGAGAAAGAGGAGAGAGGAUUUUUUUUUUUUAUAGCGUGAUGUUAAGCAUGGUGAACUCACUCUCUACAGAGAGGGAGAGUUACUUAGCUAUUCUUAAAGGUAUCAUGAAGCAAAAGGAGAAAUCUGUGAAGUGAGCUCAACUUGCCCAGCUCCUACAGGUGAUUAGGGAAGCUUGUCUGUGGUUUUCUGAGGAAAACUUCGUUUGAUUUGCAUACUUGGGAAAACUCUGCAGGGAGCGGCAUGCUGGUUUUAUUUCAGCUAAUAGGCCUAGGAGCACAAUCCAGAAAGUAGAAAGAAUUUGGACUGUGAUAGAGACUUGUUUAUAUUCAGACCAAGAUAUUGGACUAUUUAAUCACUGCCUUUGAAAUGUUGUUAUAAGUCUUAGACCUACUGGACAAACCUGCCUACCUUCCAGGUCUUCUCUGAUUGCAGAAAACAUAACACUUGGUAGAUGAAAAGAAGACCUAAGGAUGGAGGUAAAACGUGCUCCAUUUGUAGCUGGUAAAAAGCAGAGAGAGAACCUAAGGACAGAGUCAAAGCACCCUGCAUUUGUAGUGAGAUAAAGGCAGGGAAACAGCCCAGAGGUAGAGCCAGAGCAUGCUUCAUUAGACAAAGCCAUACAGGAAGAUGGGGGAGGGAUCACUUUGCUGGACUGUGAGGAAGACUCUGUUCUGAGGAGGAGGAUGAAUUGACAGCAGACCUCCAUAAUUUGCAUUUGAAUUAUCCUGCUCCAGAGAUCCACCCUGUCCCUUGGGGAAGACUAAAAAUCAGGGUCCCUAAUAUGGUGGCUACAAAAGUUACCCUGCUUCAGCAGAACUUUAGUGCCACCAGAGUGGCAGAAGAAGAUUUAUCGGGAUUUAAAUUAUAUCCAAUAUUUGAGCAAUUAGAUCUGCAAAAUCCAAAUCAAAAUAUAUGUAUCCAUGCAGCCAUUCCUUUUAAAACAUUAAAAGAAAUAAAAUUCACUUGUUCCAUG